AACAUCUUUUUCAGAUUUCUCCUCAGACUUUUGAAAGUAGCGGACUAAUCGUUUUUAUUUUUUAUUAUUAUUAUCAUCAUCAUCAUUUUCGGUUGUGUAUAAAGUUGUAGACGUGUCGGUUUAUAGUUCGUCUCGGUUAAUUUACUAUUUGUAAGUUUGAAAUUGCGUGCAAUAGCGAGUUAGCCAACGUUGCGAGCGCGCGACGGAACGACACUCCUGUCGCAGAGUGAUGAUGAAACCCGUGUAACGUAGUGUAUGAAAAAGGUGACAGUUAUGAUGGACGAGCAGCAAGUCGAAGUCCCGGCCGAGGUGGGAGACGCCGAGAUGGACGGGGCGAUCCGAGGAAUCCUGUGUGCUGCCGCAGGAGAACCGGCCACUGAAGGAGAGGUGUCCGGGUGCGAAGGUGAGGGCAGAGGGACUCAGGAGGGCAGCCCUGCCCCGACCCAAACCCCGACCUCACGCAAGUGGAGUGCGGUGUGGGUUCACUACCGCAAAGUGGACCAGGAGAAGAAGGCACUGUGUUUGCUUUGCAUGGAGAAGAUCCAGCACCAGAGCAGCACCAGUAACCUCAUCAGACACCUGCAGAACAAGCACCCCGCCGAGUACGCCCAGCUCGAGGAGCAUUCGCAGAAACGACCCCCCAAACGCAAAAGCGAGGAUCCAGAUUACGUCCCUGCGACCUCGCCCAAAACUCGCACUGUGACCCCCAGCCGCAUUGUCCCGUCUCAGCUCAGUAGCAGUCUAACUGUAGUUGACUGGAGCGACGGGCGGAGGAUCCUGGAGCGCGAGCGUGAGCUGACUGAGGCCCUGAGGCGAGUGCAGCAGGAAGAGGGACGAAGUUUGCAGCAGCAGAGGGAUUUGAUGCAGCAGAUCCGAGAGCUGGACGCGGAACGACGAGCGCUUCAGAACCAGAAACGCGAGCAGGAGGACGAACAUCACAGACUGAAGAGGGAAAAGGAAGAGCUGGAAACCACCAGGAUGGAGCUCCAUAAGGAAAAAGAAGAACUCCAGAAGGAGCGCGACGAGCUGUUUAAGGCCAAGGAGGAGUUUCGGAAAGAGAAGGAGGAGUUGGAGAGACAGAGACAGGAAAUCCAUAGAGAGGGACACAUACAGGGCCAAGUGUCCGAGUUUUACAACUGUUGAUUUGUCUUAACGCUUCACUGUUAAUGCAAGCUCUUUGUAACUUUUAAAAUGUUUAGUGAAUGUAGCUGACAGAUUCCUUCAUUUUGCCAUUUCUUUUCUUUUUCCUUCCCUCUCUGGUGGACGUUCUCCAUGUUGAGGUGUGAUGGUGAUGAUGAGGGAGGAAAUGUUCCUGUAAACAAUGCAUUUCACUGUGUAUUUUUUUUAACAUUGUAAGUCGUUCAGAACUCAAUACAGCGUUCUCACACUCUCCUGUCACCGAGCCGUACUUUUCUAAUCAGCUCAGUGUCUCGUCACGAUCUGAAACCUGACAAUAGACGCUGCAUUGUGCCAUACAAAGUAUUGGCACCCCUCUAUACCUAUCCAUCGGUGAACUGGGACCCCUGAGCAGAUAUCAUUUAUGUGGUUGUUUACUACAGCAGUGUUACUGUUGAUCUUGGUUUUUUUUGUGUGUGUGUUGAACCAUUUACUCGUUAUAAAUAUGAGCUUCCCCAUCUUUCCGCCCAAUGGCUAUAUUCAAGUAGUCAGCUAAACCUGAAAUUAGACAUCACUAGAAAGAUUUUAAAUAAAUUGUGAAUUGUAUUUCCUGAACAUUUGUUACACCUAGAUUUUUUUAUUAUUAUUAUUAUUAGCCCAGUAUUUUUUUGUGCAGUUGUCCCACAGGCUAGCAAGGUUUUUUUUUUGUUUGUUUUUUUUAAUUAUUGUUUUUUUAUGUUACUUUGGUUCAUUUUAUAAAUGAAACACAAAGCACGGCUUUUAAAAGUUUACUAUAUGAAACCCUGAUGUAGGAGAAAUGUUUCUUGUUCAUAAUAUGUAUUCAUAUUUUAUGUAUAAAGCAUAAAAUAGACAACUGUUUAAAAAAAAAUACACCUGUAUUUUCAAAAGCAGAAGAAAUUAAUUAUAAUUAUUAUAAUAAAUUAAAAAAAAAAAAUCGGCUUGGCCCUGGUCCUACGAACCUACAAGUUGUAUACCUAAAAACCUGAACUACAUGCAUGUUGAGUUUCACCUCCAUUCCUGAUAAAAUAAAAACAUUUCAAAAACA